UCCUGCGAUUCUCUUGCCCGAAGGAGUGAAAUGCCCGACAUCUCUGUUUGAAGCUGGAUUAGGAAUUUCUCUCGCUGCUCCGUCGCCGGAAAUCUAUCGAGCAUGGCGAACUCAGUGGUGGCUGAUCCAUCGGCGCCGCCGCCGUCAAAUGCUGCUGCGAUUGGUUUUGGUACUACCUCCUCCAUGGAUGACUUGGGGGAGCCCCUCCCAUUUCCGCCUAUGGACCCCGAUUACUUCUCCCAAAUCGAAGGAACCUUGAUCGACGAUCUCGACUUCGACUUCUCGUUCGACGAUUUCGAUCUUCCCUCUGACGUUGAUAGUUUCCUCGACCCGAAUUUCCUACCCGGUUCCGUCGAUCAGUAUGACGCGGCCCAGGUGGACCCUGCUUGCUACUUUCAACCCGAGCUUCGGAAUCAUUCACCGCCGGAGCUCAACUCGAGUGGUUCUAGGGUUUUAAAUUCGGAUUUAUUUGAAUCGCACCCGAUUGACGGAGAUCUCUCCGGCAACCUGAACACUCUGUCGCCGGAGUCAAAUGGUUGCAAUCAGGAUUCUCAGGAGUCUGGAAAUGGAAAUCGUGGCAGCAGUCAUGCUAGGGUUCUCAGUUGCCAUUCUCCAGAGUCUCAAAGCUCAGGUAAUUGCGGCUCCAACGCCUCUGCAGCUCCGAAUUCUCUGUCCAAAGGCUCGAAUCAAUCGGUAAACUCUUCCCCAGGCUUUGAAGGAAAUUCAAUUAAAAUUGGUUUGGUUGAUCACAAUUUCAAAUUGGAGGGAACCAAUAACAACAUUUACAAUUAUAGUAACUCUGUUUUGAAGAGGAAAAAAGAAGAUGGAGAAUCUAAUAAUGUAAAGUCGAGGAUGAGUAAAUGUAGAAAAUCUAUUGACAUUAGUAAUACAGAGAAUACUAAUUCCAAUACUAGUAAUGUCAUUAGUGAAGAGGAAGAGAAGAAGAAUGCUAGAUUAUUGAGAAAUAGGGAGAGUGCUCAGCUUUCGAGGCAAAGGAAGAAACAUUAUGUUGAGGAGUUAGAGGGUAAGGUUAGGUCAAUGCAUUCAACUAUCCAAGAGUUGAAUGCUAAGAUAUCAUAUGUAAUGACUGAAAAUGCUGGCUUGAGGCAGCAGAUGGCUGGGAGUGGCGUUGGUAUAGCUCCUUCGGUUCCACCACCCCCGGGAAUGUAUCCCCCAGUUAUGUAUCCGUGGAUGCCAUACACCCCACCUUACAUGGUAAAGCCACAGGGGUCACAGGUGCCAUUAGUUCCAAUUCCAAAGUUGAAACCUAAACAAGCAGUGUCUGUGUCUAAGACAAGUAAGAAAGUGGAGGGUAAGAAGAGAGUAGCAAAGAAUAAGAAGCUUGCAAGUGUCACUUUUCUUGGCUUGUUGUUUUUUAUAUUUAUGUUUGGUGGGUUGCUUCCCAUGGUGAAUGUAAGAUUUGGAGGGACGAGGGAGGCAUUCACGGGUGGAAAUUAUGCCGGGAAUGGAUUUUAUGAGAAGCACCACGGUAUGGUGUUAGCUGGAAAUGGAACUAGUAACUCUGUGGAUUUUGGUCAUGGAAAACAUUUUAGUGAUGGUUUGCAUUAUGGUAAAAAAGAUCAUAGUGGAGGAGAAGAGCCAAGUAUUGAGCAUGGUGAGAUUGUUUGUUCAGGCAAUGGUAGUGAGCCCCUUGCAGCCUCUCUGUAUGUCCCAAGGAAUGAUAAGCUGGUGAAAAUUGAUGGUAACUUGAUCAUUCAUUCCGUUCUGGCAAGUGAGAAAGCCAUGGCAUCUCGUGGAGGUGCUGAAACUAAGAGCAGUGAAGAGACUAGUUUGGCAAUUCCUGGAGAUUUGACCCCUGCCAAGAGACAUCCUCACGUGUAUCAAGGUCCAGCUGAACAUCCGGUGGCCCUGGCUCCUGGUACAAUUGAUAGGGACAAUAAGAGGUUGACAGGUGCAGAUGGUAGGCUGCAGCAAUGGUUCCAAGAAGGCCUUGCUGGGCCAAUGUUAAGCUCCGGAAUGUGCACUGAGGUGUUCCAAUUUGAUAUAUCGUCAGCCAUAAUUCCAGCUACCUCCACAAGGAAUGUGUCUAUGGAGUCAUCUCAGAAUGCUACAAACUCCUACAGGGGGAAAAAUAGAAGGAUCCUUCAUAGUCCAAUUCCCAUUUCUGCAUCCUCUCAAAAUAUGUCUGAAGAAAAUGUUGGAAGAAAUGGGCACACAAAGAAUAAUACAGUGUCUCCAAUGGUUGUUUCAGUGCUCGUUGAUCCAAGAGAGAUGGGUGAUGCUGAUGGUGAAAGCGUGAUGGGUACCAAGUCUCUCUCUCGGAUAUUUGUAGUCGUAUUGAUAGACAGUGUGAAGUAUGUCACUUAUUCAUGCAUGCUUCCAUUCAAGGGAUCUGUCCUCCUUUAGGGUCUUUCCAAGCAAGGAAGAUGUGCCAUGUCACCCCCUCAGUUUACUCAUCUUCUGCAACAAUUUUGUGGAUAGCAAAAUACUAAUACUUGCAUUGUUCUUGGAGCUCAAAUUCCUGUGUAUGGAAAGUGAACUUUGAAGAAGCUUGUACUAAUUUAUAAAAGCACACUCUUUUUUUUCUUUUCUUUUAAAUUACAAAAUAUGCAGUAGUUGUAGACUUGUAGUUAACCUCAGUUUGAUGUAAAUCUUUAACUCUAUACUUCUAGGGCUGAUGACUAUAUAACUUUUAUUCUUUUAUGUUAUAAAUUAUAUUGAUUGUAUUAUUUUAA